CACAAAUGAUAACUCAGUCUCCUUAGCCAUUUAGCAGUUUAGUGCAAACAAGGGUGGAGGAUUAGUUUAUUAGUUUUGAUAGCUGGGUUUAAACUACAGAGGGCACCGAUUGGACUACAUAAUAACGUCAUCUUGGCGCGCGCGUAGCGAGAAGGACCUCUAGCUAGCCAGUGAUGCACGUGAAUGUGUCGUUUAGAGGGUUGUUCUCGUUCUUCCUGAGUCGAUCUGAAGUUAAUAAUCGUCUAUUCUAUUUUAUUUCGCCUUAUAACAAAACGAACCGGUUGCUGAUUCGCGCUAAUUCUCCGCAUUGUAGGAAGAGUAGCUCGACGAUGGAGCAGGCGGCUGCUGACUCAGGAACACCGGGGAACGUAAACAUACCGGUACCUGUGGAGAAAACUACGGUGGUAGAGGCAACAGGAACCGGGAAACGCAAAAACGAAGAGACAGACGAUUCAGAGACGAGUGGGAGAGGUAAGAGGCGGAGAGGAGCCGGAGGGAAGAAGCUGCGUCCGGGCGAGAGAUACAUCCCCCCACCGCAGAAACGCAACCCGGGUGUGAGCUUUAGCCAAGAGCAUUUCAGCGAGACGUCCUACUACUUUGAGGGUGGGCUUCGUAAGGUCUAUCCUUAUUACUUUGACUUUAAAACCUACUGCAAAGGUCGGUGGGUUGGGAAAAGCCUCUUGGAUGUGUUUAAGAGUGAGUUCAGAGCUGAGUCCAUAGAGUAUUAUCAGAAGGCAGCUAAAGAGGGUCGCAUCCGCCUCAAUGAGACACCUGUGGAAGACUUAAAUGUGGUGCUCAGGAAUAACGACCACAUGAAGAACACUGUGCACCGCCAUGAGCCACCUGUAGUCAGCAAACCACUAGAGAUUCUGGUGGAUGAUGGUGAAGUGCUUGUGGUCGACAAGCCGGCCUCCAUCCCUGUCCACCCUUGUGGCCGUUUCCGCCACAACACUGUGAUUUUCAUCUUAGGGAAGGAGUUCGGCAUCUCUGAGCUCCAUACAGUCCACAGGCUGGACAGGCUCACCUCUGGAGUCCUGCUGUUUGCCAGGACGCUGGAGACCUCUAAAAAACUGGACCAGAUGGUGAGAGACAGACAGCUUGAAAAGGAGUAUGUGUGUCGAGUGGAGGGGGAGUUUCCAGAGGAUGAGGUGAUCUGUGAGGAGCCCAUCCUGGUUGUUUCCUUUAAAAUCGGCCUCUGCCGAGUUGACCCAAAAGGAAAGGAGUGCCGGACCGUCUUCCAGAGGCUUAGCUUUAACGGAAAAACAAGUGUGGUCCGCUGUUUACCCCUUACUGGUCGCACUCACCAGAUCAGGGUCCACCUUCAGUACCUGGGCUUUCCCAUCCUUAAUGAUCCCAUCUACGGGUCAUCAGCCUGGGGUCCUCACAGGGGGAAGGGGGGACUCGUGGGGAAGAGUGAUGAGGAGCUUCUGCAGGCACUGGUAGAAGAACAUCGCUCUCAGGAAAAUUUCAACCUGCUGGAUAUUCCAGAUGACUGCACUGCCAUUACACAUGAGGCAGACAAAAAUAAAACUCUUGAGAAAAUGGAGAAGACACCUGGUACCUCUGAACCUGACAAGAGUGGAGAAAGUUGUUCAACACAGGUAGAUGUGUGUGGCAGUGACAACAAGCUAGAUUGCGGUCAGGCAGUAAACACUAACAACACGUCAGUCAAAGACUGUCAGAACCCUCAACCAACUAAAUCACAUGGAAAUCAAACUGAGGGAAAUGAUUCUACUCCGAUAACUCCUCCAGGGACUCAAGACCACCUGUGCAGUGAAUGUAAACUAGUGCGAUCAGACCCCACAGAGAAGGAGCUCAUCAUGUACCUUCAUGCUUUACGCUACAAAGGACCUGACUUUGAAUAUUCCACACAAUUACCCGAUUGGGCAAAAGAGGACUGGGUGGAGGCAGAUUAGAGCAGACCUGAUGAACGCUGCUGAUGGCUUUGACAUUUAAUCCGCAGACAAUCAGAAAUCCUUCUAAGAGAUUUUGUUUUUACAUUUUCUGAUUUUAGUAUGAUGCACUUCCCUUGACAGUUCUUUGGUUAAUUUUCGGAAGGUGGCAUUAACCCCCCCCCCCCCCCCCCCC